CGCAGCCGAGGCUCCUCCUUCGUCCAGCCUCCGGGGCGGGGUCUGUUGGCUUGCCCUACCCUCGCCGCCUAAGCCUGCCCUCCGCCAGACGGGUCCCCUCCCCGCGGCACCACGGCUUCCCUUCAACAGCACGGCGACGGGGGCUUCCCCUCAGCAGCCGCCGCCGCCUCAGUCUCCGCAGCCGGCCAAGCUCCGCCGCGUCCGCGGCCCCCGGCCGCCAUGCAGUUUAUGUUGCUUUUUAGUCGUCAGGGAAAGCUGCGGCUGCAGAAAUGGUAUGUCCCACUCUCAGACAAAGAGAAAAAGAAAAUCACAAGAGAACUUGUUCAAACCGUUUUAGCCCGGAAACCUAAGAUGUGCAGCUUCCUUGAGUGGAGAGAUCUGAAGAUUGUUUAUAAAAGAUAUGCCAGUCUGUACUUUUGCUGUGCUAUUGAGGAUCAGGACAAUGAACUGAUUACCCUGGAAAUAAUCCAUCGUUACGUGGAAUUACUUGACAAGUAUUUUGGCAGCGUGUGUGAACUUGAUAUCAUCUUUAAUUUUGAGAAGGCCUAUUUUAUUUUGGAUGAAUUUCUUUUGGGAGGAGAAGUUCAGGAAACGUCCAAGAAAAAUGUCCUUAAAGCAAUUGAACAGGCUGAUCUCCUGCAGGAGAGCCAGAAUGAAGAAUGGGGAGGUUUGUCUGAGGAUAUCUUAUGAUAAAGAGCAGUCUAAGACUUUAGUUCCUUUGACCCCCAACUUAUUUAUUGGUAACUACUAAAUUUACCAUUUUUGUGGCAUGGAUAAAAUGGCACUAUGCAGAGACUGUUGCACGUGAGAUGAUUUCAAGUCUUUGCUUGAUCUGUGAAGACCAAAUAGUUAAAUGUUAGGCACUGGGCUUGUUAUAACCCUAGAGGUAGAUGCAUGAUGGUGUUGAUCAGCGCUUUGAGAUGUGUCGACCUUUCUUUUUUAUACUAACAGCAUCAUUUUGAAAUCUCUGGGGAUUUUUUCUUUUGAGCUUUGUUUGCUGUUGGUAUUGUUUCUCACUAAAGUAAUCAAUGAAAUGGAAAAGUGAGGUGCCAAAAGCAAACACUGUACUCAUGAAUUUGCUUCUACUUGAAGGUGAUCCACUUUAUGAAUAGAUUGACUGGAUUUGCAGAUGUUUGUCUGUCUCGUCUAGAAAGCAGUAGUCUAUGAAGAAUUACUGCUGCUAAAAUUGAUUUGUUUUAGUGCUGAGGCCUGCAUGAAAUAUCUUAAUAGUAUGCUAUGUCUUUCUGAAAGUAAUCAUUAAUCUGUGGGACUGCAUAAAAAUGGAAAGGUAAGAAUCUUGAGAGAAAAGUGAUUUCUUUAAAGAAAUGAAGUUUUUUAUAAUAAUAUUAAGCAAAUAAUUAUUUUGUGAAGUAUCUUAUAACAUUAGGAAGAUUUAAGUUUUUCAAAGAAUUAAACCUUGCUAAUUAAUAUUUAGGCAUGUAGUGAGACUCAAGAAUAUCUAAAAUUGUUUUAAAAGCAUAGAUCUUUUCAAAUAUAUACAAUGUCAUUUAACAGCACAACACGUUGUUAUAAGUAUUUUUCUGAUUUGCUUUAAGAAGCAAAAAACCCCUGUAAUUCUUUUGUAAUUACCAUUCUUUCAUGUUAUAUAACUUUUAGGCUUAAACUGUUUCUUUAAUUACGUUAAAAGUUAAGGCUAUAGUUCUUAAUGCAAGAGUGUUUUAAAUGCAGUUUCAGGGUUUCUAGAACAGAUUCUGGAGAAAUGAGGUUUUAUUGCUGCUUAAAAUAGACAGUCCAGUCUAGAAGUGGACAGAUACACAAGGCAUAAUCAGUCUCCUUUAGCUUUACUUUUAGUGCCAUCCAGUAUGACUAGUGGCAUUGGUGUCUGCUUUCUGGGUUGGAAUCAUUUUGUUCUAUGGAGUUUUAGUGUUUUCCUUUGUUCUUUGGAAUUUUGAACCUCCCCCCCCCACACACACACCUUUUGUUUCUUUUCUAACUCAUGGUGAAGCAGCUCUUGGUUUCUGCUUGUUUUUGCAGUGCCUGGGGCUAGAAGUCAGGGUAGUGCCCAUGCUAGGCAAGCCCUCUAUCACUGUAAACCUGUAUCCCUGGCUCCACUUGGCUUUCUCUAAUCAUUAAAAGCUGGAAUAAUUUAAAUAGCCAAUUAUUGUAAAUUUGAUCUUGGAAUGAUUUUUUUCACUAAAACCCAUAGUAGUAAAUGCAGUUUUAUAUCACAGUGCAUAUAAAGUAUAAAAAUUAUUGAAUAAUAGUCUCAUUUCUUGCUUUGUUCCUCAAAUUUUAUAUUCUAUUCUAUUUUUCUUUUUUUAAAUGCCAUUCUUAAUACUUGAUUUCAUGACCCUAGGGUUAGGACCUACUAAAAGCAUAUUCCAAGUGGUCAAUGGUAAUUUUUUUCAUUAAACAGUACUUGAUGAAAAUUUUAGGUUUGAGUUAUUCCCCUGCUGACAUUAUAAUUUGUUUUGUUCCUCUAUGCUUAAAAAAUUAAUUCUCAUAGUAGAAAAAUUAAUAAAUACAGGCCAACACACUAGAAUAUAGUCUUACCCACCAAGCAGAGCCAAUUAGAUUAACUCUUUGAUUCUCCUGGGAAUGAUGUAGGGCAGUCAGUGCACUUCCAGGGUACAUUGGGCUAUGCAUGCCCAGACAAAUUCCUGGUUGUGCAUUAUGACUGGCAUCUACUAGGUAGAGACCAAGGACACUGCUAAAUAUCUUAUUUAUUCUGCCCAGGACACACCCACCAAAGAAUUACCCAGCCCCCAAAGUCAGUUGUUUUCAAGUUGAGAAACCCUGACUUAAUUUAACACCUUGAACUAAAAAUUUCAUUUUCAUUUAUAAAUAGUUACAUCUUUUCAAUAGUAUAUGUAGUAUUCAGUAUACAUAAUGGCUGAAACUUAGUCAGAAAUGCAAAGGAGUAGAAAAAAACUUUAAAAUUGUGAAGAAAAUCAUAUGUUAACACAUAAAUGGCUCUAGAAAAAACACCCCUGUGAUUGAUACAAACGAAUUACCUUUGCCUGGUAACUAGCAACUGGGGAGAUAAUCUAUGGGUGCCUUUAGAACCUAAGCCACAGAAAAGCUUAUGGGAUGUCACUGAAUAAUCGGAUUUCCUCAACAACAACUAGCUCUGUUCAUUUCUAUUAAGGUAAUUGAGUUUUUCUGGGGAAACAAGAUUGAAUCUACCCUGCAGGCAGGCAGAACACUAUUGAAUUUUCUGCCGAUUUCCUCAGCCACUUUAGGAUGUGAUCAUUUCUUAAAGGAAGAAUAAAGUGACUAGAUUUACAUAAACAGACUUCCUUUUCUUAUAGAUACUUUUUGUUCUUCCUUACACUGUUAGUCUUGAAGAGUUUGUUUGAAGUUCUGACUCUAAGAAACCAUUUUCUAGAAAACUGGUUAAAUUUAGGGUAUUCGAAGGCAAUACAGCUACACUAGAAUAGGUCUAAGCUAACUUUCUGUUGUUCUAUUUAAAAAGUAUAAUUAGAUGCCAGAGAAAGUAAUUUGUCCUUAGGAUCUUAGAGUUAACAAGUUUGGGAGCAGCAUUUAUAAGAUAUAAUAAAAAAGUUACUCCACUUAUUUCGAAGGCAAAAACAAUAGACAUAGAUGAGUAGCCCAGUAGGAAAGAGCAGAGGACAUGACUAAGUUGGGGAUGAAAAAACCAAAAACAGUCUUUACUAAGGGAAUACAAAUUAAAAUACCAACUAACCCUUUUGAAAUUUUUUCUUCUUGAAGCAAUAAGAGAUAUUAUUGUUACUGCUUGUAAACACUUAAACUUGUAUUUCAUUUUGAAGGAAUGGUUUUGUGGUAUCUAUUUCAUGAUGAAACCUGUACUAUACUUUCUGUCCCAUUAGUUGCACAUCUAAGAAUUUUAUCCAACUGAAAAAUGUAUAUAUACAUAUGUAUGUAUGUAUGUAUAUGCACCAAGACAUAUAGGCUCAGCAUAAUAUUUAGCCACUGGAAUUUACCCAAAUGUCCAUUAGUGGGAAACAAGUGAAGAAAAUUACAACACAGUCAGACCUACAAUUGCUAACAUAACUGUAAAAAUAAAUAAGACUAAAUUUCUGUGUAAUGAUAUGGAAAGAUACUAAAGAUAUAUGAAAUGAUAAAUGAUCAAGGAUAUUGACUAUUUAUUAUAAAGUUCUUCACUCCAUUUUUCAGAAGAGGAAAAUGGGCAUGUAGUUAAUAUUAUACAUUUUUUUGGUGGAAGAAUGCUGCUGUUUGAGAAUUCACAUUGUGUUUCCACACACAGAUGGUAAAAACCUGAGUAGAAUUUGCUAAAAUAAAGGGUCAGCACUGGGUAAAGCACUUUCAGCUUUUGUCCAUGUGAUAUACUAACCAUCUGGAGUAGCCAUAAAGCUCUUGCUACUCAUUACUAACUUAAUGUUAAAGAAAAUCAAUAGAAGGCUGGAGAGAUGGCUCAGUGCUUAAGAGCACUUGCUGUUGUUCAUCCAGAGGCCCUGGGUUCAGUCCCCAAUACACACACAUCAGGUGGCUCACAACUGUCUGUCAUUCCAGCUCCAGGGGAAUCUGAGAUCUCUGGCCUCUGCGGGCACUUGCACUCAUGUACAUACCCAUAUGCAGAGACACAUGCCUACAUAUAAUUAAAAUAAUAAUAAUAAUAAUUAGAAAUGCAUUUCCAAAGAAAAAGAAAAUCAGUAGAUGUUCUUAUUAAUUUACAAAUUUUAUAAAAUAGGACUAUACCAUGAGCCCUGUCAUCUAAAAGGUGCUUCAUGAACUGUUUUCAAUCCUUCUAUUUUUAAAAUUCAUUACCCAAAAUAGAUCUUAGUGAGUUUGCCAUAUUGUGUGACCCUUUGGAGCUUAAACUCAAAGAAUAGACUUUCAAUGUUGAGCAUAAGAAGUUUGCAUGCUUUCCCACAGAAUUCAGUUAGGGUCAAUAAAAAGGACCAUUGUGUUAUAAAACAUGAGACAAAAUAUACAAUUUUGUAACACAGAGAGUAUGGUGUUUAAAAUUUUCAGUAAGGUGAUAAACUUGAAAUCAUACUUCCUUAUAUUUGCUUUUCAUUAAAUAUAAAUUAUUUUCUCUUUUACUACAUUGAAGUAGAAUCAGGAGAGCAGCUAACACCAUUAGCUUACUAAAGCAUAGUUCAACAGUAGUUAAGCCACUGCAAUUGCUAGUUUAGGAGUGUAUAAGCUUUCCAGUUAGUUUUACAUGCGAGCCAUGUCAGAAGCUUAGCAUGGUGAAUGAAUAUCUAGGAAAUUUCAUGGUAGGAAGGUUUGUCUUUUCUUAAGAAGACGGUGGUUUUGAAAACAGAUCUAAAUUGAUUCUUGUCUGCUCUGUUUGACAUCUUAAACUUGCCACACUACAUCUAGUCCUUUUUGUAGCCUGAGAAUGAAAUUAUUCUUAGUGCAGAGGAAAGUUGAAAAAGCACGUGUACUAGGAAGGAGUGUAUUGAAAGGGGGUAGGGACAGACAAGAAAUGUCUCCUUUACUCAUGGAGUAAAGCUGGGGAAUCUUUUUUCCUCAUGAGCUAGAUGAGCAAACUUGAGAAAGUUCUUAUUUUCUUGGACUUGAAAAUCUAGAGGAGAACCAUUGGGGACUGGGGAGAAGAGGAGCUAACAAGCAAAGUAUGGGGCGUGGCAACAGAUUCAAUAAAGAAAAAUUAGUGCUGAACAAAGGGAUUACUCAAAAGUGAAAGCCCAUUUCAAGUUGAAAAUAAUGCAUUUGUAAUUGUUAUUCAGAAAAAUAGAUCUUGACAAAGAAUCUGCACUUAGGAAAAUUAGUGGUUUAUAUUUGUAUAAUGUAACUGGAUUACAUUUUUUCUCAGUACUAUUCUAGCCUUUACUCCUACUUAAUUUAAAUCACUGGCAUUUUAGUAUAUUCAUAAAUUCAGUUUGCUGAGUUAUAGAUAUGACUGUUUCCAAAGGUGCCCAUGGGAAGAACAAAAUAGUAGACCUAGCUGUGCAGGGUCUCUUGUAUGCCAAGAUGGGCUUUUACCAUUACCUCCCCUAGUUCUUACAUAUUUUCUUUUUAACUCAGAAAAUGUACUGGUAGUAUGAGGGUCCAGAAUACUGAAGUUUAUGUUGAAUUUACUGUACAUCCUUUGCAUGAGAGAAAAAAAUCUUGGUCAGUUACAGACAUAGUUAAAUCUUUUACUUAAAAACACAGCUUUAAAUGUUAAGUAGUCACUAAGGCAUUUAUCUCUAGCAGAACUUCUUCAGGUGUUAACAGUCUGAACCAGACAUGUCCUAGUAUCCUAAAAGUGGUUAAAAUAUACCAUUUACUAUAUAUAUAUAAAUAUAUAUAUAUAUACCACCAUUUAUUUUUGUGCAUUUUAGAGGCUAUUUUUUGAAGGAUGCUUUUCCAAUGAAGAGGGGUUUCUUUCUAUGAAAAAUAUUCUUGACAAUUGAUGGGUACUAAUUUCUUGUUUCAGUAUAGUAAUAUGGACCCUUGGCAUUAAAGAAUAGUUUGGCUUAUUAUCAACCCUUUUGCUUUCCAUAGGGUAGUAAAAAUACCUGUUAGUUAAAAAGUGAUGGCAAUGCCUGGGGUGGCCACAUUUCAAAAUUGUUCAUAUCAAAUUUUUGUACUUGUAUGUCUUCUCUGGGAAGGGAUGACUGUAUUUUAUUAUAUUUUUUAUUUUAUUAUUUUAUUUUAAUUUAUUAUAUUCAGCCCUGUUGGAAAACCACCUUUCUCCUUCAAUGGGCAUAAACUUUUUCAUGGUUGGUUUUCAUAUGACAUGAUAUCAAGUUGAGAAAUCAAAAAGUUAAAAAACUAUAACAUAAAGGCAAAGAACUGGUAUUGAAAUAUAAGGUUAUUUGAGACUUAAACUUUUCUUGUUCUCU